AAUUUAACAAUUCCUAAAAAUUCGUUGAAAAUUGCACACGAACGGAGCAUGAGCAAAAGUUGUUGCAAGCAAUACUUUCAAGCAGCAAUAAUUAUAAAAUUUGUGUUAAUUUUAAGUAAUUUUAGUUUUUGUGAAUUUUGAAUUAAAUUUCUUAAUUGCAAUACAAUAAAAAUUUAUCUCAGAAAUUUUGUAAUAAAGUGCAACUGCAACUGGGCAAAGUUGUGAAUCAAAAAGGAGGCGGAAAGGUGAAGUGACCACCAAUAUUGUACAUUAAAGGCAAAUAUUAUUAAGCAUUUUGUCGUAACUAACAUGCGUACCUUGGUCGAAGACACCAAAAAAAUUGCAUUGAACAAUAACAAUAUUGGCACAACUUCUAAUAAUAUUGCAACUUCAACUCUAACUGCAACAGCAACUGCAACAAAUAAAACAAGAAACAUUACAAAGCAUUACAAAUCGUUGAAUAAAAAUUGUAAAAUGCAACAGCAACAACAACAGCAACAAAGUGCAAAUCUCAGCAGCAAUGGUGCACUUCAGAAACAGAACAGGCAGAAGCAGCAUCACCAACAACAGCAACAACAACAACAAAAACAGCAACAGCAGCACAACAAUAAUUCUACAACAAUUGCAAUUCCAAAAGCAGCACAUGCCAACACGAACGAAGAAAUCGCCGGCGGUGUGCAAGACACCAUCUAUUUGUGUAAUUUUCGAGUGUCGGUCGAUGGCGAAUGGUUGUGCCUUAAAGAGUUGGCUGAUCUAGACAUAAACCAGCAGAACGGUGCUCCCACGAUCGCUGGACGCCAAACGCAUUUCGGCAACAAGAACAAGCGCUACUCAGGAAUGUCAGCCAAUGGCUUGGAGGAUAAUGGUAUAUUGGCAAUACAAAAUUUAAUCAGUCGUCGUUUGAAUCAUGAGCGCGAACACGUUCAUAAAACAAAUAGUCAGCACUUGCUUACAACAAGACACGCACAAGAUAAUGGCUUAUGUGGUGUUAUUGGUGGUUCUAGUACUGGUGGUGAAUGGUCUAAUCUUUGUAGGUUGCUUCUUUUACGCAUCACAAUUUUUAUUUUGAUUUCUUUCUUCGGUUUACUACUUUUUAUGCAUUUUUAUUUUGUUUUAGUUGCCAAGAAUUGCACGCAAACGAAAAUAUUUAAUCUGAAUUUUAGGAUCUAAAUUUGUGUUCUUAAGUGCUUUGACCAAGUGACACACAAAUGAUGAAUUGAACUAUAUAAAAACGUUCUUACACUGUAUAAUUGCCGACAUUUCCUUUGUGCAGUAGUGCUUUUUAUAUCAUUCACGACGACAAAUUUUGAAGUGCCUUUCCAUAGCAAUUAAGUGGAAAAGGCAAGCCUUUGUUUAGUCAAUAGAAGUCCAAGUAAAGUGUACCUGUGCUAGAGUGUAGUUUGAGUGUGUACUCAAGGCAGCAAGAAUGCUCUUUUAAUAUUUUAUUAAAAAACUAUUUAAUAUUUUUCG